AACAUUUUCGAGUGUGUUAAGGAUAAGCGACUCGAACUCAAAAUCAAAAUAACAUAUAUAUAAAUAUAUAUAAUAUAUACAAUUAUAAUAAACAGAACAUGUGCUCGUUAAGCCAACAAUUUUACGCCCUGGCCGUGGCACUGGGCAUGGUUUGCCUGUCGUCAACGAUGCCCCAGAAUCCGCAACAGCUGCAGGAAGGGCCACACGCGCUGCUGGACAUCGAGACACCCAACCAGUUCAGCUACAACUCGCCGCUGGCCCAGCCAGACAGUCUGCGCAAUAAGCCCUACUUUGACUUCCUGAGCACGCUCUACGCCCACGACGCGGCCAAGACGAAUCUGUUCAGGAAUCGGCCGCAGCGCUCGGUGGAGCUGCAGCCCGAGCCCGAGCUGAAGGCGGAUGAGCAGCAGCUGGCAGCUGCCGAUCAGCCCAAGAGUCGCCGUCGGGAUCGCAAGCGUCGCGCCAUCGUCUUCCGGCCGCUCUUCGUCUACCAGCAGCGCGAGAUCAAGAAGAAGGAGAUCGCAGCCCGGAGACGCAGCGAUGAGGCGCAGCGCCGCAACUACUACAAGAACUACAAGCGCGUCUAGUCCUCAACCCUCUGGGAAAUUCGCUCAAGCUAAAUCUAAUCUAAUCUAAUCAACAACCAUGCGCAAUCAACAGCAAUGGCUAUGGCUGUCACUGGUCUUCUACAGGGUCCUCUCUAGCACUUAGCUCUUAAUUAUUGUGUUUUAGCCUUAAGUCGAGUCGAAUCAACGCACAACGCACUGCACUCAACACGAAUCGACAAUUGAAUAUAUAACUAUCGAACU